AUGGUGAGUUUCUGGAACGCGUUGCCAGGGAUGGUGGUGGAGGCUGAUACGAGACAGGCGGUGAAGAGAUUUUUGGACAGGCACGUGUAUGCAGCAAAUGUGCUGGAGACGGCAGCGUACGCGGUGGACACUCGCGGUACAGAGGGAUCACAAGGGAUCAGCAGCUCCCAAUCAGUGAAAGCAGUUUCAAACCAGGAAGUGGCAGGAGUUAAAAUGGCUUCUAAACGCCAGGUCGAGAGUUUAACAGAGGAGACACUUUGUCCCAUCUGCCUGGAUUUCUUCACCGACCCGGUGUCACUGGAGUGUGGGCACAACUUCUGCCGCUCCUGUAUCACACAGAGUUGGGACAGGGAGGAGAGAAACUCCUGCCCGGAAUGUAGAGAGCAGUUUACAGACCGCACCCUCAAAGUUAAUCGGGCCUUGGCGAGACUGUCUGAGAAAGCUCGAACACUGAGCCUGAAUACGGAAGAGAAGGAAAGUAAACAUCACUGCGAGGAACAUCAGGAAGAACUGAAGCUGUUUUGUGAAACGGACAAGAAACUGAUCUGUGUGAUUUGUCGAGAUGCGCGGGAACACAAGUCUCACAGCUUCAUACCGAUUAAAGAAGCUGUUGAAACCUACAAGGAUCAGGUUAAAUCAUCCAUACAAUCACUGACAACAAAUAAAUCAGCCAUCCAGGAAAUGGAAGAGCAACAGAAGCAGAAGAUUUCCCAAGUCCGGGAGCAGUCACAAAGCCUCAAGUCUCACGUCACAUCUCAGUUUGUUGAACUGCACCAGAUUCUCGUGAAGAAAGAGCAGCGCAUUCUCGGAGAGAUCAAGGAGGAUGAGGAGAAGAUUCUAAGUCAAAUGGAGAAAAAUCUUCAAGACAUUCAAGAGAAUUUAAACUCUAUUGAGGAGGAACUCUCAAAUCUGCAGGGGCGAAUGGAUCAAACAGACAUCGUGUUAUUUCUGAAGGAGGAAGCUGGUCGCAAGAGCAGAAUUAGUGAUGAGUCCCGGACAUUGUCACUGAGAGAUGGCGCCAUAUUGGAUGAAAGAUUCGAUCACCCCUUCUGGUUGAACGCAGUGAUGAGAGAUAUCUUUGUUGCCAAUCACCAAGGUAAAACAUAUGGAUUCCUCACUUCUUAUGUGGGUGACAUAUUUAAGUUGUAAAUAGAUGCAAAGAUUGACCGUAAUGAUGAACUGAAGGGGAACUAAAGUUUUAUACCAGCAUCAAUCUCACCUGUUGGGAAGCUUCACAGUCAAGUGGUCAGCUGGAGAUGUUAGAACCCUGAACACAUCCAACACAGGAGCACAAUACAACCAAGACACAGACUGCUAGAUGAUAGAAUGUAUCUUAAUCCCAUCCACACCGCAGAAACACGCCAUGAUACGAGUUUGAAUUCUACCAGGUAGCCAGCAAAGUAAACUUGACUAAAUUAAAUCAGAGGUAUUGAAAACUGGUAGGUAUUAGAUGACCAGGAUUGUCAUAAAACACACAGGGUUCCAUCAGAGAAGGAAAUAUGUCACUGAUCCUGCUUGUCCUGUCAGUGACGACUGACUUUAGUUAACUCAGGUCUGCCCCCUGCUGGAGUUACGAACUUCAUUGUUAUUAACUCUCCACCACAUUGAAGCAUUGUAUGAAUGAGUCGCGUCAGACAAACUAGCAUUGACCUCAGACAGGGAUUUCGUCUUGGACGAAAACACCCAGUUACUUGUACAGAUGAUUUAAAAUGGAUUUAACAAAAUCUAGUUAAAUUUAGUCCCAAAAGUUAAUCUGCAAGUGGUUAAAAAGAAAGCAAACUCAAGAGGGCUUGUAUACAAAAACAGGGAUGUAAUGCUGAGACUCUAUCGGGUGCUGGGUAAGGCCGCAUUUGGAAUAUUGUGAGUAAUUGUGGACACCAUAUCUGAGGAAGAAUGUGCUGGCUCUGGAGAAGGGCCUGAGGAGGAUAACAAGAAUGAUCCCAGGAAUGAGUAGGCUAACCUACGAUG